AUGCUCUGUGCCUGUCUGCAUCUUUAUUGUAUUUCUUUCUGUGGUUGCUUGCAGUGCACUGUACAGGUAAAACUGGAACUAGGCCAUCGAGCCCAGCUACGGAAAAAGCCGACUACUGAAGGAUUCACCCACGACUGGAUGGUAUUUGUUAGAGGACCAGAACAGAGCGACAUUCAGCACUUUGUGGAAAAAGUCGUUUUCCGGUUGCAUGAGAGUUUUCCAAAACCCAAACGCGUUUGUAAGGAGCCGCCUUAUAAAGUAGAGGAGUCUGGAUACGCUGGAUUUAUUAUGCCAAUUGAUGUCUACUUCAAGAACAAGGAAGAACCGAAGAAAGUCUGUUUCACGUAUGAUUUGUUCCUAAACCUGGAAGGAAACCCACCCGUGAAUCACCUACGCUGUGAGAAGCUCACCUUUAACAACCCAACCAAGGAGUUUCGGCGCAAGCUCGUCAAGGCAGGAGGGGUUAUGGUGAUGCCUGAAGGGACUGACACAACUUCGAGGCCAAGCCCGGACUACCCCAUGCUGCCCACAAUUCCACUGUCUGCAUUCUCCGAUCCAAAGAAAAGCAAGCCAUCACAUGGCUCUAAGGAUACAAAUAGAGAGAGCAGCAAAUCCUCAAAACCUCACAAGGUCACAAAAGAGCACAAGGAGCGGACUACGAAAGACUCUGAGAACAAGACAACCGUGAAAGAACCGGAGAAGGAGCACAGUAAAUCGUCUAAGGAACUAUCGCGGAAAUCGGCUGAAAGCAAGAUUUCAAAGGAAGAGAAAUCUACUCCAAAGGCAACUUCUAAAGAACCAAAACCAGCCUUCAAGGAGUCUAAACUAGACAGCAUGUCGCCCAAAGGUAGUGGGACCCUACACCAAGAGUCAAAGCCCAGCAUAAAGAGGCCCUCCAAUGUAGAUUUAAUCAAAUCCAACGUUAAAAAGCAAAAGAAAAGUACUUCAGAGACAUCAAAAACUUUCCCAAGUGUUUCGCCGAGAAUUUCCUCUACUUCAUACUCUGAAAAAAAACAGACCAAGGAAAAGGAAAAAGAAAAAGUGAACAUUAAAGUAGAGAAGGUUAAAACUGAAAGUAGUGUGAAGGAGGUGAAAAAGCCUGUGGAUUCAGAUGAGUGUAAUUCAGAAGAUGAAGUGAUCUCCAAAUCUGAGUCUGUGCGAACUAGCCAGUCGAACACGACCUCAAGUUCGGACUCGAGCUCCGAUUCUGAUUUUGCACCUUCCCAAAACCACAGACAAGGGCCCCUGCGCUCCAUGGUGGAGGAAAUCCAAUCGGAAGGCUCGGACGACGACAGCAGCUCCGAGGAGGAGAGGGCUGUGAAAAACAUUGCAGUGAGCAGAGAUAACAGGUUGAGUUUAAGUGAUGAUAGUGGAAGCGAAAGCAGCGAGAAUUGCAAUAUCAACACACUCGACCAGCCUUCAAUUCAAAAACACUUAGCCGUCAGCAACAAGGCAUCUGGCAGAAAAAGUCCUGAAAACUGUGAAAAACCAGACAAAUUAUUUAAAAAAGGAUUGCAAGACAAGUCGUACACAGAGGAAUUGGUGGAUCUACAUCGCAGGUUGAUGGCACUACGAGAACGCAAUGUGUUGCAACAGAUUGUGAACCUUAUCGAAGAAACAGGACAUUUCAAUGUUACGAACACGACCUUUGACUUUGACCUCUUCUCGCUGGAUGAGACCACUGUCCGCAAACUACAGACUUACCUGGCGGCCACAGCCACAUGACAUGGGCUUCCAACACAGAAUCUUAGCACAUCGCAAUGAGGAGUAACGCAUUGGAGUGCCGUCCCUCCGUGAUGGAAAGCACAGCCAGAGAGUUGACAAAUGGCACUCACUCGCCCCAGACUUUGAACGUUGGCCGUCUCAAAAACGUGUGGAGAUCAAGUUUUAAAACCUUCACUGCAUGGGAUCAGGAAAGUCAUUGUCAAACGCUUACCUUUCCUUGCCAUUUAUCAGUUCCCGAAACAUAACCAUUGUACUGGGCCAGAGGCAGCGUGGAUGGAAGACUUUCUCUUCCUGGGGAUGUUCACCGAUGCAAGCGAUCAGAAGAACACGGAAAUGUUUUUAAGACUCAUCCGAUGGGACAUUUGUUUUAGUCUAGUAAACUUGUGUGAAAAAUUUUACCCGAAGACGAUAGAAGUAAUGUAUAUAUUCGGAAAAGGACAUAUGAGCUACAUCUCUGAUGUGAACCGAAGAAUUCUGUGUUUUCUAAUAAAAGGCCAAACACACUUUUACUGUGGAAAUAAAACUCCGUGAAAUGCCCUUUAGAUUACUGAACUUAAUGUUGCUGAUGUGAUCUCAGAACCCCAAACAGAUCUUACUGCAUUGUAUAUUGUCUAAAGAAUAUAUAUUUUUAAACCC